AUGGCGACAGAUGAUGAAAUCGGCAAUCUUACAGCAAGUAAUCUAGAAUCAGAAGAUCUAGAAUUAGCAAAAGAUUCCAGUGAUCCCCACGAUUACCUAAGCAGCGACGAGAUCAAUAAUGAAGACGGUUUAACUGUAACAGACAAGGGAAAUCUGAAAUGGAAUGGAUCAUAUAUGGGCCUCAAAAAUUUCAUUAUGAUGCAACAAAUCUCGGCUGAACACUGGACUUCCUCUGGUGGGGACUGCAAGAAGUGUGAAGAUUCCGGGCUGAUAAUACGGUGGUAUUCAUCGAAAGGUUCACUAACAUUUGGGGGAGAAAAGAGCAAGGAAGUAAAAAAUAAACUAUUGCUAUUAGCACAAAACAAAGAAGAAGUGAGAACGAAGUCAAGCUGUGAUAAACAACAAGACAAUUUACAUACCGUACAGACAAAGCCUAAUGGCCCCUUGGGCGCAGUGUUCACUCAAGCAGCCAUUGUAGAAGAUAUGACUCAUUACAUAAAGCCAACUCUAGCCUCGAAUCCAGCUGAAGUCAUUGUACAUAUCGGUACAAAUGACUUGAAAUACAAGUCACCCAGAACCCUACUUAAAAUGGUAGACAAUCUUGGAGAAAUGAUUACGGAGAGUAAAGAUGUUAAACUGACAUUAUCAGAGAUUAUAACCAGAUGUGACGAUGAAACUCUAGCGGACAAGGUAAAUAUUUAUAAUGAACUUCUAGCUAACCUUUGUUCUGAGCGAAAUUGGGGGUUAAUUAAGAACUCUAAUAUAAAGAAAGAACAUUUAAAUAACUAUGGACUCCACUUAAACCCAAGAGGUUCGACGGUCCUAGCUAAGAACUUCAAACUGUAUGUAAGUAAUCAAAAUUGACUAAAUGUUAAUACACAAAACCUAAUGAUGCAAGAACCUAUUAGAAACUCCGGUGCAGUAUCAACGGAUAACCAAAGCAAACUAUAUCCAAAACUUAAGGGCUUUUCAAUUGCGCAGUUAAAUAUUACCAGUCUGACUAAACAUACUGACGAACUCAGGAUUCUCAUAACAGAAAUGAACUUUGACAUACUAUGUAUUAAUGAAACAAGAAUUGACAAAACAAUUAAGAACUCAGAAAUAGGACUUCAGGGAUACGACUUAACAAGACGUGACAGAAAUAGACGCGGUGGGGGUGUAGCAAUAUAUAUACGUAAUACCAUACCAUACGUGGAGAGGUCAACAAUAAUCCCUGAAAAUGUAGAGGCAGUAUGUAUCGAAGUAAGAAAGCCGAAUGCCAAGCCAAUACUCAUUUCGACGUGGUACCGACCACCAAACUCCAAUUCUGAGAUUCUCGACUCUUUUGAAAUCUUUCUUCAAAACAUUGACACAGAAAAUAAAGAAAUUAUAAUAACUGGAGACUUUAAUAUAGAUUUAAUGCCCAGUGAGACCGAGAAUAGUAAGGCAAAAAGGCUUAAAGAAUUACUAAACACAUAUCAAUUGUCUCAACUUAUUAAAAAGCCUACUAGAACAACAGAAUCAACGAAGACGCUCUUAGAUUUAAUAAUUUGUAAAACUGACGACCCAAAACCCGCUACAACGGACGUUGUUGAGCUAGGUAUAAGCGACCACAACCUAGUCUACACUUGUAGAAAGGUCGGAAUAUGUAAACAAAAACCCAAAAUUAUUGAAACAAGGCAAUACCAUAAACUAAAUAAUGCGAAAUUCUAA